ACCACUCCCCACGACUCUCUCCACUCUGAACUCGGCCAAUUGGUACAUCAGCUUGUGCAAUGGCUUCUCAGCGCAUAUUCCAGCUCGGUCUGCGCCGGGUCGCGGCGCCGGGAUUGAGGGUUCAGCCUGCUGGACGCAUGGUGCAGCGGAGACUCGCAGCGACCGAACAUGUCUCGCAGCCCCACGGCACCGAAAUCCUCGCGAAACAACGCCUCCGCCGGCCCGUCUCCCCGCAUCUGACCAUCUACCGCCCACAAAUCACCUGGUAUGCCAGCGCCCUGAACCGCGUCUGCGGCAUCAUGCUCUCUGGCCCCCUCUACCUCUUCGGCUUCGCAUACCUCGCCGCGCCCACGCUCGGAUGGCACCUGGAGACGCAGUCGAUGAUCGCGGCGGUUGCUGCUUGGCCACUCGUUGCAAAGGUGGCACUGAAGGCGUACUUUGCAUUCCCGUUCUUUUUCCAUUGCUUGAAUGGGUUCAGGCAUUUGUCGUGGGAUGUGGGUGUGGGGUUCAAGAAUCAGACGGUUAUUAGGACUGGGUGGACGAUGAUUGCGAUGACGGUCGCGGGAAGCUUGUACUACACCUUUAUUGGUUAAGCGGUCGAUGCGAGGAAAGAUCAAACGGAGGUAGAGAGUGAGGAACUUCAAAGGGCACUGAAAAACUGAAGGCGGAUAGGGGGGGCGUGGAGCAUUGGACGUGGAAAUACACUGAAGUGGACGAAAGGGAAGCGGGACCUUGUACAAUCUGUGUGUCAAACGAAUAGACGAUGUUUUGUCUUAUGGCUGCGUAGCCCAAUCAAAGUAUGAACUGGCAUGACAGCCCUUGAUACAAGUGAUGUUCAGUCUCGCAAUAGCUUCCUCAUGCGCAGCAACCGAC